AUGGGUCUUGGAAAGAAGAGCAUUACCAUCAAUGGCGCCGAGUGUGGCAUCGAGUCUGUCGUCCUCGGGAUUGUCACCUGUAUUGGUGGCUUCCUGUUCGGAUAUGACACGGGUCAAAUCUCUGGCAUGUUAAUCUUCCGAGACUUUCGCGUACGAUUCGGCCAGGGCACGCCUCAAAAUCCAUACCUCGACACGGAGAUCUCAUCCAUCGUUGUGUCGCUCAUGUCCAUCGGCUCACUGAUCGGCGCUUUGUUUGGAGCUUAUACUGUAGACUGGUGGGGACGACGACGCAGUUUGAGCUUCGGUGUGGCUGUGUUCAUCGUUGGCAACAUCAUCCAGAUCACUGCCAUGACUACUUGGGUCCACAUGAUGAUGGGAAGGUUCGUGGCUGGUAUUGGUGUCGGCAAUCUCAGCGUCGGAGUUCCCAUGUUCCAAUCUGAAUGUCUUCCUCGCCAGAUUCGAGGGCCAGUGGUGGCCUCUUACCAACUGUUUAUCACGGUUGGCAUCCUCAUUUCAAAUCUGGUCAACUUUGGCGUUCGAGAGAUCGAGGAAUCGUCCGCUUCAUGGCGCAUCGUUAUCGGCCUAGGUAUCGCCUUCAGCCUGCCCCUCGGAAUCGGAAUUCUCUUCUCGCCAGAAUCACCUAGAUGGCUCGCCGGUCGAGGCCGGUGGGAAGAAGCACGCAUGUCGAUGGCACGCUUCCGAGGCAUGAAGGAUGAUCCUAACUGUCCGCUGGUGGAGGAGGACUUGCAGGAAAUGUCCUCGUCGCUUGCCGAGCAGUCAAAGGCGGGCGUUGGGUCUUGGUGGGAGUGCUUUACCGGCCGUCCGUCUCAUCUUCCUCGCCUGGUUUACCGCACGUUCCUAGGAGCUGCCAUUCAUUUCUUACAGCAAUGGACCGGCGUCAACUACUUUUUCUACUACGGCGCGACAAUCUUCGAGUCUGCUGGCAUCAGCGACCCCAUUUUGGUGCAGCUCAUCCUCGGCGCCGUGAACGUGGUACUCACGUUCCCUGGACUCUACCUUGUCGAGCGUGUUGGGCGACGGAUCCCUCUGAUUGUUGGAGCGAUCUGGCAAGCUUUCUGGCUGCUUAUCUUCGCCUCCGUCGGAACAGCUUUACCUCCGCAGGACAACCCUAUAGCGGGCAAGGUCAUGAUUGCCUCAGCCUGCAUGUUCAUCGCCUCCUUCGCAAUGACGUGGGGGCCAUUCGCAUGGGUCGUCAUAGGUGAGACGUUCCCGCUGCGUACCAGAGCUAAGCAGGCCUCUCUCGCUACUGCAUCCAACUGGCUCGGCAACUUCAUGAUCGGCUUCCUCUCGCCCUACGCAGAUGCAGGGAUCCAGUACGCUUUCGGCUACGUCUUCUUCGGCAUGAAUCUUACUGCUGCGGUUCUGGUCUACUUCUUCCUCUACGAGACGAAGAGCCUGUCUUUGGAGAACGUGGAUGCUAUGUACUCGGACAUGAGUGUCAGUGCGAGGCAGAGCAAGUCGUGGGUUCCAGAGGGCUACAUCGAUCGUAAUAGGCGUGAUUCGGCGUACUGGAAUCGCAGGCCGUCCGCGAGAGAUAACGCGAGGUCAAUGUCGGUCGACGAGUAUCGAGAAGAUGGGAGCUCUUCGCCUGGUGAGAAGGUUGAGAAGGGGUUCUAA